CUCCUCAAUCCACGAGUACAAGAACGCGUUGGGGGCGGUCUCGUGCAUUCCAGCCUCGCGCCCGGAGGAUCUGUUGUCCAGUUUCUGGUUCGUUGUUUGUGGCUCGUGGACUGAGGACGGACAUGGCGGGACGGGACCGGGUCGUUCACCUGCUCAGACAACUCGAGCGCGCAGCGUGCAGAUGUCCAGCUCACUCCAACUCCUUCCAUCAAGGUGAAGCUGUGACCUGCACCGUCCGUAAAACGGACUAUGCCUUUGAGAUGGCGAGCUCCAACAUCAGAUACGGAGAAGGAGUGAGCAGAGAGAUUGGCAUGGAUCUGCAGAACCUUGGUGCUCGGAAUGUUUGCCUGAUGACUGAUAAGAACUUGUCCCGCCUCCCUCCGGUGAAGGCCGUCGUUGAGUCUCUGUCCAGAAAUGGGGUCGAAUUCAAAGUUUAUGACAACGUUAGGGUGGAGCCAACUGACGGCAGUUUCAAAGACGCCAUUUCAUUCGCUAAAAGCGGCUCGUUUGACGUCUUUGUGGCGGUGGGCGGAGGCUCCGUGAUUGACACCUGUAAGGCAGCCAAUCUGUAUGCCUGUCAUCCUGAUGCCGACUUUCUGGACUUCGUCAACGCUCCGAUCGGAAAGGGGAAACCGAUCACCGGAGCUCUGAAGCCCCUCAUCGCAGUUCCUACAACUGCCGGCACUGGCAGUGAGACGACCGGAGUCGCCAUCUUUGACUAUGAGCCUCUCAAAGCGAAAACAGGUAUUGCCAGCAGAGCCAUCAGACCCACGCUGGGUAUCGUUGACCCGCUACACACACUGAGCAUGCCCGAGAGAGUGGUGGCCAACAGCGGCUUCGACGUGCUGUGUCACGCUCUGGAGUCGUACACUGCUCUGCCAUACAACCAGCGCAAACCCUGCCCCCCCAACCCCAUCAACAGACCCGCCUAUCAGGGCAGCAACCCAAUCAGCGACGUCUGGUCCCGCCAUGCCCUCCGUGUGGUCGCCAAGUACAUGAGACGUGCGGUGCGGGACCCAGAGGACCUGGAAGCCCGAUCCAGCAUGCAUCUGGCCAGCGUGUUCGCUGGUAUUGGCUUCGGGAAUGCCGGAGUGCACCUGUGUCACGGGAUGUCGUAUCCGAUCGCUGGCAACGUGAAGACGCACUCGGCGAAGGGCUACAGCGUGGAGCACGCCCUGGUGCCUCAUGGUCUGUCCGUCGUCCUCACGUCUCCCGCUGUCUUCAACUUCACCGCCCCCAUGUGUCCAGAGCGCCACCUGGAGGCUGCGGAGAUCCUGGGUGCAGACGUGCGGCAGGUGAAGCGUGCAGAUGCCGGUGCGGUUCUGGCCGACGCGCUGCGUGGUUUUCUGUUCUCGCUGCAGGUGGAGGACGGCCUGGCGGCGGUCGGAUACAGUAAAGAUGAUGUUCCGGCUCUGGUCAAAGGAACCAUCCCUCAGGAGCGAGUGACCAAACUGUCUCCCAGAGAACACACAGAGGAAGACCUCACAGCUCUGUUUGAAGCUUCCAUGAAGCUCUACUGAGGAUAGGCUCCGCCCCCUCAGGUGUAGCUGCCCAAACCUAAACAAUGCUCCGCCCCUGGUUACGCAAAACAGGAAAUGAGAUGAAAACAACUGUAUUAACUUUAACAAAUAUUCUUGAUUUAAACUGUAGAUGCUGUUGAUUUUACUCUUUUUAAUUGUUCACGAAAUCUGUUGACGCUAAAUGCUGAAAUAUGAAAGAAACGACCCCUGGUGUGAUCCAGAACUGAUUAUCCGGGAUGGGUGAUCCAGAACCGAUGAUCUGGAGUGGGUGAUACAGACAGUGUGGACCAGAACCAGCUGGACCGGGUCUGUGUCUGACAUCUGGAUGUCUUGUCCUGUUUAUUCUGUUCAGUUCGGUUUAGGAUCAUUUAGUCCGUUUCAAUUUGCUUUUCCACAGUAUUUUUUUUUUUUUUUCUAAUAAAUCAAAUCGUAGGUUGACUCUGGUUCAGGUUCUAGGUCAGUGGGUUCUGGGUCCCUGGGUUCUCUGCAUUGGUGCAGAUGAAAUAAAGUGUGAUGUAAUUAAACGUUUUUCUGAAAUCAACUACCUCAUAAGCAAGUUUUUAACUAUUGUAAUCAUGAGCUAAGGUUAGUUUUGUAUUGCAUGUAAUGUAAUGUCUUAUAUUGUGUGUGCUCCUGCUUGGGGACAGCAGAUGGAAAGUAGCUUGUAGCUAACUCUGGUGCAAAGCAUCUCUUCUCUUUGAGAUUGUGUUUGUACAUUGUCCCUGACAAAUUAACGAAACAGCCCAGAAGCACUUCCUGCGAUGGCCACUAGAGGCCACUGCUUCCUCUAGAAUGUUGAUAACUGACAUGAAUGUGUUGAAUCGGCAUUAAACAUCUUCAUUAUUUUCACCA